AUGGAGAACAUUCGAUUUGGGCGGCCAGACGCUACGGAUGAAGAAGUCUAUGAAGCCGCUAAACAGGCAAAUGCAGACGGCUUUAUCUGCAGCUUUCCUAAUGGGUACAAGACGACGCUGGGUAGGAAAUGCUCACUUAUCGUCUCUCGUCUUGUUUCUGUCCCCUAAUGUGAUCCAUUUUUUCUCUUUUCCUAUUUUACAUUUGCCAAUGAUUUGUCUUUAUUUGAAAACACUGUUUCCUAAGCAUUGGCAGUUUUUGUUCAUUAAUAUAAUGUGUUUUUUUUGGUUUAGGGGAGCGCGGAGUGACACUUUCAGGGGGACAGAAGCAACGUGUAGCUAUUGCACGCGCUCUUUUAAAGAACCCAAGGAUCCUUAUAUUAGACGAGGCUACGAGCGCUCUCGACUCGGAGUCUGAACACGCCGUGCAGUUGGCGCUGGAUCGGGCCUCCUCAGGCCGCACUGUACUGGUGAUUGCACAUAGACUCAGCACCAUUGCGGAUGCUGAUAUCAUAGUUGUUCUGUCCGAGGGUUGUGUCGUUGAGGUUAGUAACUAUAAAAUGUGGUAGGUGCCAUUUGGUAAUUUAUCAAUGUUUGUAACAACUGAUAAAAUAUUCAGCGUUUUCAGUCCCUCUGGACUCUGCUUUCAUCCCUUAUUUUAAAGGACCACUAUAGUGCCAGGAAAACAUACUUGUUUUCCUGGCACUAUAGUGCCCUGAGGGUGCCCCCACCCUCAGGGUCCCCCUACCGCCAGGCUCUAGGGUGAGGAAGGGGUUAAACUUACCUCUUUCUCCAGCGCCGGGUGGGGAGCUCUCCUCCUCCUCUUCGGCUGAAUGCGCAUGCAUUCAGCCAGUCCAUAGGAAAGCAUUCACAAUGCUUUCCUAUAGACGCUGGCGUCUUCUCACUGGGAAAAUCACAGUGAGAAGCGCGGAAGCCCUCUAGCGGCUGUCAAUGAGACAGCCACUAGAGGCUGGAUUAACCCAUUUAUAAACGUAGCAGUUUCUCUGAAACUGCUAUAUUUAUAAAAAAAAGGGUUAAAGCUAGCUGGACCAGGCACCCAGACCACAUCAUUAAGCUGAAGUGGUCUGGGUUCCUAUAGUGGUCCUUUAAAGGGACACUAUAGUCACCAGAACAACUACAGCUUGUUGAAUUUGUUCUGGUGAGUAGAAUCAUUACCUUCAGGCUUUUUGCUGUAAACACUGUCUUUUCAGAGAAAAUGUAGUGUUUACAUUACAGCCUAGUGAUAACUUUACUGGCCACUCCUCAGAUGGCUGUUAGAGAUCCUUCCUGGGUCAUGGCUGCCUAAAAUGCAUCCAAACAUUCAGUAUAUCCUCCCUCUGCAUGCAGACACUGAACUUUCCUCAUAGAGAUUCAUUGAUUCAAUGUAUCUCUAUGAGGAGAUGCUGAUUGGCCAGGACUGUGUUUGAAUCAUGCUGGCUCUGCCUCUGAUCUGCCUCUUUGUCAGUCUCAACCAAUCCUAUGGAGAAGCAUUGUGAUUGGAUCAGGCCACCACUUCUGAUGAUGUCAGCAGACUGCUUGCUAUACUGAGGCAAACCGCAUGCAGAGCUACAGCUUCAGGCUUAAAUACAAGUAAGACUUUGCUAUAUUUAGGGAGGCAUGAGGGGCCCAGGGGGGCUAGAUGGUGGUUUUAACACUAUAGGGUCAGGAAUACAUGUUUGUGUUCCUGACCCUAUAGCGAUCCUUUAACAUCGAUUAAUCCUGGUUCAUUUACAUCUUCAUACAUGUCACGCAAUGAAUUAAACAGGUAAAGGGACACUCCAAGCACCAAAACCACUACAUGUUAACAUAGUAGUUUUGGUGCCUAGAUGCAGUCCCUUUACUCUGGUAAAAUAAUAUAAUAUCAGUUUAGACAAACAGCCUUUUUUACAUUUUGCCUUAAAGAUGCCUCUAAUCGGCUCCAAUCUGACAGCACUUCCUCCUUUACUUUCACCGUCCACACUCCCAGCACAAUAGCAUCGAAUGCAGCUAAACUGUAUCAUAGAAAAGGAUUGGGAUAAUUAGGAUAAUGUUUCUCUAUGAAAGAGAAAGAGACCGUCGCAGCAAUGGAUGUUUUAAUAUGGUUUUUAUUUAAAUUUUAACUUUGAAGUGUCCAGGAACACUGUAAUGUUAUAAACACAGGUGUGUUGAAAUUUUUAAAACAUUUACUUGUCCAAGGAACUAAGGUGGUAGCCCAAUGUAAUUGUCACUUAUGACAAGCUACUUGUCCUGACCCACAAAUUUAUUUUAAUUAGAUCGUUUCUACCCCUGUACUCAGUCAUAGUGUACUGGCUGUGUGUUUUGUGUGUGUGCGUGCACGCUGGCUGUUUUUAGUUGUAUGUUGGCUGUGUAUAACGUGUGUUUGUUGCCUGUGUGUAACGUGUGUGUGUGUGUGUGUGGUGUGUGCUAGCUGUGUGUAAGGUAAGCAGGUUUGUAGGGUGUGUAGGGUGUGUGCUGGCUGUGUGUAAGGUAACCUGGUUUGUAGGGUGUGUGUAAUGUGUGUGGUUUGUGCUGGCACUGUGUAAGGUAACCAGGUUUGUAGGCUGUGUGUGGUGUGUGCUAGCUGUUUGUAAGGUAACCUGGUUUGUAGGCUGAGUGUAAUGUGUGUGGUUUGUGCUGGCACUGUGUAAGGUAACCAGGUUUGUAGGCUGUGUGUGGUGUGUGCUAGCUGUGUGUAAGGUAACCUGGUUUGUAGGCUGAGUGUAAUGUGUGUGGUGUGUGCUAGCUGUUUGUAAGGUAACCUGGUUUGUAGGCUGAGUGUAAUGUGUGUGGUGUGUCCUGGCAGAGGUAACCUGCUUUGUAGGAUGUGUGUAAUGUUGGCGGGGUAUGCUGGUUGUGUGUAAGGUAAGCAUGUUUGUAGGCUGUGUGUAAUGUGUGUAGUGUGUGCUGGCUGUGUAUAAGGUAAGCAGCUUUGUAGGUUGUGUGUAAUGUGUGUGGGGUGUGUGCUGGCUGUGUGUAAGGUAAGCAGGUUUGUUGCCUGUGUGUAAUGUGUGUGGGGUGUGUGCUGGCUGUUUGUAAGGUAAGCAGGCUGUGUGUAAUGUGUGUAAUGUGUGUGCUGGCUGUGUAUAAGGUAUGCAGGUUUGUAGGCUGUGUGUAAUGUGUGUGCUGGCUGUGUGUAAGGUAUGCAGGUUUGUUGCCUGUGUGUAAUGUGUGUGGGGUGUGUGCUGGCUGUUUGUAAGGUAAGCAGGUUUGAAGGCUGUGUGGUGUGUGCUGGCUGUUUGUAAGGUAUGCGGGCUUGUUGGCUGUGUGCAACAUGUGUGAAUGGUUGGGCGCUGUGUGUAAUGUGUGGAGUUUUUUUUGGCUUUGUGUAAUGUGGUGGGGGUAUAGGCUGUGCGUAAUGUGUGUGUGUUGGGGACUGUGCGGUUUGUAAUAUGGGGGUGGUUGUUGUGUAUGUAAGGGCACUUUGGCCUCCCUCCUUCUAACCUUUUUGGUUAUGGUCCAGCUGGGGCUAACAACAUACCCUGGUGGUCCAGAAUUGCCUGGUGGUCCGUGAUAGGAUAAAACACCCUGGUGGUCCGGCAUGGGUUAAAGUACUCCUGUGGUCCGGCAGGGGUUAAAACUAAAUGGGGUUCAGUGGGGGCUUGGUCCUACCACACUUUUUUUUUUUUUUUUUUUUAAAGACGGAGGGAGACAGCACUAAGACCGGGGGGACAGCCAAAUCCUCUGCAAUGGUGCUGCUGCUGAGCCGGAUUCCGCACCCAGCCACCAGGAGAAGGAGGAAGGUACAUGUAGCGGAGGUCCCUGUACCCCGGCGGGAUACCUCCGUCAGAGACUAGAGUUGAGUUUGGUGUUCAGUGAUUUAAUGGCGCGUUUUGAAAAGCUGCAGGGCAGCCAAUCAACAAACGUUUGACUUGUGUGCCUUAGAAGCCAUCACAGCCAUGCCUACUAAUGGCAUGGCUGUUAUUGGCCAGUGCAGCAUGUGACCCAGCCUCAAUAUGAGUCACAUGAGCUCUUAUUAAACAUGUCUAGUAAACAGUGGCUGCUCACUGUAAAACAAAUUUAAAAAAAUAAAAACCUAUUGGCCCCCACCCCUGAACGGCGGGUGGGGGCCCUAAAGUAAAAUGGGGGGGGGAACACCUAUUGUCCUCCCCCCUGGCCUCUACCCCUGCAUGGUGGGUGGGGGCCCUAAAAAAAAAAAGGGGGGGUGACCUACUGUCCUUUCCCCCCCGGCCCCCACCCCUGAGCGGUGGGUGGGGACCCUAAAUAAGAAUGAGGGGGGGACCUAUUGUCCUCCCCCCCCCCCGGCCCCUACCCCUGAGCGGUGGGUGGGGGCCCUAAAUUGUUAUGUAGGGCCCCACCCGCCGCGCAGGGGUGGGGGCCGGGGGGUGGACAGUAGGCCCCCCUUCAUUCUUAUUUAGGGCUCCCACCCACCACUCAGGGGUGGGGUCUGGGGCGGGAGGACAGUAGGUCCCCCCCACUCAUUGUUAUGUACGGCCCCCACCAGCAGCGCAGGGUUGGGGGCCCGGUGGGGGGGGGGGAGUCACUUGUCCCACUCUUCCCCCCAUUUAACUUCCUUUUGCAUCACUCUAGCCCUUUCCAGGACUUUUUUAGAGCCAUUUUAGUGCCCAAAAGUUCGGGUCCCCAUUGACUUCAAUGGGGUUCGCGGUCAAGUUCGAGUGCUGAACUCAAACUUUUUUCCAAAGUUCGAACGAACCCGGCGAACCCGAACAUCCAGGUGUCCACUCAACUCUCAAAAUCAGAGACCACUUCCUAGCUGGAACCGGAGAAAACCUCAGUGCUUCUGCCCCAGUCGCCGUGGCUUGACUGGGGUCUUCUUGGAGCCUCUCUGUCCUGGAGUAGGAUAGGGGACUAGCUCUAUUCCUGCCCAGGAACUGGAUGACACACAGUCCUGGGAGCCCCUAGUCCUUACAAGGCCUUACAAGAACUUUCUCCGCUGGAUCCUCCAUGAGCUGGAAUAA